GUUGUUUUUGUUUAAUAUUCGAUAGUAUGAGGCUGAUAUUUUUGUUAGUACUUGUAAUUUCCCAGCACUAUGUGCACGGUGGGAUUUUGUAUCCUCGUAUUACAGAAACAAGAGAACUGGUAUCAUUAGAUGGGUUAUGGCACUUUUCUUUAAACAUCAACGGCAGUUUUAACGAGAAAAUUGGUUUGUCAGGCAAUACCAAUGAUAAAGACAUUCACUUAAUGCCCGUGCCCUCCAGCUUCAAUGAUAUUCCCACAACUUUAGACGCCAGAGAUCAUUUAGGUCCAGUUCGUUAUGAGAGAUCCUUUCGUGUUCCGAGCGGUUGGCAAGGCGAAAAAAGAAUAUGGUUGAGGUUUGGCUCAGUUUGUUACUCGGCGGAAGUGUAUAUCAACGAUAAGUUGGCCUUAACUCAUGAAAUUGGACAUUUGCCGUUCACGGGAGAAAUCACUUCUCUCUUAAAUAACGCAGACAAUGUUAUUAAAGUGAUAGUAGAUACGACACUGACGAGCACUACUGUACCACAGGGAUAUACUGCAACUCUACCUGGCGGAGUGAAAAAACUCAAAUACACCUUCGAUUUUUUUAACUAUGGAGGAAUUGAUAGACCAGUAGUCUUGUAUACGACUUCACAGACCUAUAUAGACGACAUUAAUAUUAUUACUACCGUAGAUGGAGAUAAAGGACUAGUUUCCUAUAAGACUACCGUUAAAGGAGACGAAACUGAACUUUCUUAUAAGAUAAGUAUCUUGGAUGCGAAUAACGAAGUAGUUGGUGAAAGUAACACGGAUAAUGGAGUACUUGAAAUUAAAGAUGCACACUUUUGGUGGCCAUACUUAAUGCACGAUGAUCCCGGAUAUUUAUAUACUUUUAAGGUUCAACUUUAUGACUCCAACAACCUGCUCCUAGACUCCUAUUCCCAACCAUUUGGUAUAAGAGAAUUAGCUUGGAACAGUACGACCUUUACCAUCAACGGAAAGCCUGUUUAUCUGCGAGGAUUUGGAAGACACGAAGACUCUGACAUACGUGGAAAAGGACUAGAUCUGCCACUGAUUAUACGCGACCACAACUUAAUGCGAUGGAUCGGAGCCAACGCUUACAGAACGUCUCAUUAUCCAUAUGCGGAAGAAAUUAUGGAUAUGGCUGAUAGAUUAGGAAUAAUGAUUAUAGAUGAGGUUCCUGCUGUAAAUACCGAAAACUUUAGUAACGACUUGUUGGAAAAUCAUAAAAGGUCUUUAACGGAGCUUUUCCUCCGCGACAAGAAUCGACCUAGUGUGGUGAUGUGGUCCAUUGCGAAUGAGCCAAGAACACAACUACCAGAAUCUCAAGAUUAUUACAAUCAUGUUUCUGCACAUAUCAAAUCAUUCGAUAAAACCAGACCCAUAACAAUAGCAAAUAUCUACGGAUUUGAUGUGGAUCACUCUGGACAAUUCUUGGACAUUUUAGGUGUCAAUAAAUAUGUAGGUUGGUAUGAAUAUGCGGGCGACUUAGAAACCGUUGUAUCAGGAAUGAUAAGUCAGGCUGAAGGAUGGCAUAAAAAGCAUAACAAACCUGUUUUUGUUACUGAGUAUGGAGCAGAUGCGAUGGAGGGCUUGCAUAUUCUUCCAGAUUAUCUAUGGUCUGAAGAGUAUCAAGUAAAACUCAUGUCUGAAUAUUUUAAAGCUUUCGAUCAGCUUCGAGACCAAGGAUGGUUCGUUGGAGAAAUGAUAUGGAAUUUUGCCGAUUUUAAAACUGCUAAUGAUAUAAGAAGAGUAGGAGGAAACAAGAAGGGUAUGUUCACACGCCAAAGGCAGCCUAAAAAUAGUGCACACUUUUUAAGAAAGAGGUAUUGGCUGUUGGCUAAUAAACUGAAUAAUAUCACAGCCCCUACUGAUUUGGAAAACUAUGUCAUUGAAUAGUAGAUUUAUAUAUUAUUGUAAAGAGUUUAGAAUUUAAUUUUAUCAAAUAAAAUGCAUUUUUUAAC